AGAAAUUGAUUGCAGCAAUGUUUUUCUAGAUCCAUAUGCUCAACUUCUUCUUGAGGCUAUGAAGCAGUCUGGUUGCACUGUCUUCAAUGACCGGCACUUUUCUUGUGAAAACUGUGACGGCUGUGUCAGUGGAGGUUUUGAUUCUGCCACAUCUCAGAUUGUUCUGUGUCAGAACAACAUUCGUCACCAAUCCCAUAUGAACCGAGUGGUCACACAUGAAUUGAUUCAUGCCUUUGAUCACUGUCGUGCACAUGUCGACUGGUUUAAAAAUGUCAAGCACUUAGCAUGUUCAGAGAUUCGAGCUGCUAAUCUCAGUGGAGACUGUACACUGAUGAAUGAAAUAGCCAGGUUUAAAUUUGGAUUAAAAGGACACCAUCAGACUUGUGUACGAGACAGAGCAAUUCGUUCCAUUCUGGCUGUUAGAAAAAUUAGCAAAGAAACGGCAGAAAAAGCUGUGGAUGAAGUUUUUGAUGCCUGCUUCAAUGAUCUGGAACCUUUUGGAAGAAUCCCGCACAGUAAAGCAGAUGCAAAACGUGCUUACAGAGACUUUCAGAACAGAGAUCGCUAUAAUGCUAAUUUGUAAAGAAAAAAAAUGUGAAAAAUUAUCUUAGUGUCUGGUUGUUCUGUAACAUCUGGAGUUACAGUCAGCGCACAUAGUGUUGGUGGAAAGGUCAAUUCUAUCAAAUGUAUCAAUUUUGUAAACUUUUUCCAGGAGCCAACUUCCAUGGAAGUAAACAAAGUAAACAAACAAGGCUAAAAACUGAGUUUCCUCACCUGUUAUUCCAGCAAGAUAAUUUAGUACACCAAAUAACUUGUCAAAUAAUUUCAAUGCACGUUUAAUUC